AUGGGCGGUAAUGUGUCACAACUAGAAAGAGAUAUCGGAUCAGAUCAGUUUCCUCCAAAUGAGCAUUAUUUUGGUUUAGUUAAUUUUGGAAAUACAUGCUACAGUAAUUCAGUUCUUCAAGCUCUUUAUUUUUGUAAACCUUUUCGAGACAAAGUAUUAGAAUACAAAGCUCGUAAUAAAAGAAAUAAAGAAACAUUGCUCACAUGUUUAGCUGAUCUAUUUCAUAGUAUUGCUACUCAAAAAAAGAAAGUUGGGUCCAUAGCCCCCAAAAAAUUUAUAAAUAGACUUCGAAAAGAGAAAGAAGAAUUCAAUAACUAUAUGCAACAAGAUGCUCAUGAAUUUUUAAACUUCCUUAUAAAUCAUAUUAAUGAGAUUAUUCUUUCUGAACGUAACCAAACGAAUUGUAAUGGUAAAUCUAAAUCAAUUACACCUAAUAUUGUUGAUGGAGAAUCAACUACUAGUAGCAUCACUAGCUCAAGUAGCCAUAAUCAAGAUCCAACUUGGGUACAUGAAAUAUUUCAAGGGAUACUAACGAGUGAAACUAGAUGUUUAAACUGCGAAGAAGUCAGCAGUAAAGAUGAAGACUUUUUCGACCUCCAAGUAGAUAUAGAUCAAAAUACUAGUAUUACACAUUGUUUACGUUGUUUUAGCAAUACAGAAAUGCUUUGUAGUGAUAAUAAAUUUAAGUGUGACAAUUGCUGUAGCUAUCAAGAAGCCCAGAAAUGUAUGCGGGUCAAAAAAUUACCUAUGAUAUUGGCAUUGCAUUUGAAAAGAUUCAAAUACAUGGAACAAUUUAAUAGGCAUAUAAAAGUAUCUCAUAGAGUUGUUUUCCCUUUAGAACUUAGAUUAUUUAAUACGUCUGAUGAUGCUGUUAAUCCAGACAGAAUGUACAAUCUUGUAGCUGUAGUUAUACAUUGUGGCAGUGGGCCAAAUAGAGGUCAUUACAUUAGCAUAGUUAAAAGUCAUGAUUUUUGGCUACUGUUUGACGAUGAUAUGGUUGAUAAAAUUGAUCAAUCUGCUAUUGAAGAUUUCUAUGGUCUCACGUCAGACUUACAGAAGUCGUCAGAAACUGGUUAUAUACUUUUUUAUCAAUCUAGAGAUGCUGCUGAAAUAUCAAAAUCUGGUAUGGCUGAUUCAAAAUCAAGUCAUUGUAAAUGA